AUGUUGGGAUACUCUAAGUCCAUCCUGAUGAUACCCCUAAGGGGUCCAGGACGCCUCAAGGAGCGAAGAGUUGGCGAGGAGUUGGAGGUGUUUCCAAACUCAAUCAUAGACCCAUUGAGCAGUGAAGGGGAUCUGAUUAACUCUCUUGUCCUUACGAGAGCACCAGAGGAUAAGAAUAGGAAUGAGGUGGAAAAGGUGGGACUUGUCAGUCCCAAAGCUGAACCAGUGAAAGAGAGUGGUUUGUAUGCUGUCGGAAGAAAUUUGGGGGAUAACAGCAAGAGAGUAGAAAUUGGCCCACACUGCUGA